CACCUCAUGGCGUCCACCUCGGUUGCGUUGCGACUAGCGCGUCGUACGAUCUGGGACGAGCUCCGGCCAAUCUUGGUCGGGUUGGGAGACAAUAUCUUCCAGACCCCGAAGCCACGGCGUCGCAGGUCGGCGGCUCCGCAUCCACCGCCCUACCUCAUCAUCGACGGCGGGGUUCCGGGGAUCAUCUUCCGGAAGCCCCUCCUCCUCCCUGUUCUUGCCAUAUCGCCGGAGCAUAUCCGGUUCGUCAUCGGACCGGACGCCGUCAUCGACCGGGUCCACGGGUGGGACUACGUGUGCUUCGACCGAAGGGUCGGGGCCAACCCCUUCGACUGGCGGAUUAUCGUCUUCUUGCUUGCGGCUGCGGGAGUAACCGCGUUCUUCUUCUACCGCACGAGGCCACGGGGGGAUGACGGGCCAGGAGGCCCUGGACCGGACGCGCCUGGACCGCGAGGCCCCGGACCGGGCGGGCGCUCGAGGUUCCCGCGUAGCCUCGGGCUUCUUGAUGUUCUUGGAGUUAGCGGCGGCGGAGGAGGGGACGCUGGAGGGGGGAGGUUCCGCCGCAGCCUCGGGCUUCUUGAGGUUCUUGGGGGUGGCGGUGGUGGUGGAGGAGGAGGAGUUGAGGGCAGCUCAGGCGGCGGUGGUGUCACUCGUCCGCAAGAUUGCGAGAGCUCCGCGGAGUUGCAAGAUUCGACUGUGGAUGUGGUGGCCAGCCAUGAAUUUCCUCAAGAGGCAGAAGCUUACUCGAGUGAAAGAUGUGAUUGGAUUGAGCUAUUUCUUCUGACAGGAUGUAAUCCACAGGUUCAGGGUGACUGGGAGACCUCAAUGAGACUGAUGCACAACCUGGAUAUUCCUGAGGGAGAUAGCUCCGAGGUUGCAGGAGGAGUUGAGGUCUGCUCAAGCGGUGGUGGUGGCACCGGCCCGCAAGAUCCUGAGAGCUCCGCCAAGCUGCAAGAUUCGACUGUGGAUGGUGUGCUGGCCAGAUACAGCCAUGAAUUUCCUCAAGAGGCAGAAGCUUACUCGAGUCAAAGAUGUGAUUGGAUUGAGCUAUUUCUUCUGACAGAAUGUAUUUCACAGUUUCAGUUUAACUGGGAGAACUCAGUGAGAUUGAUGCAGAGUCUGGAUUUUCCUGAGGGAGAUAACUCUGAGGUUGCAGGAGGAGUUAAGGGCUGCUCAAGCGGUGGUGGUGGUGGCACUGGCCCGCAAGAUCCUGAAAGCUCCUUCGAGCUGCAAGAUUCGAUUUCAGAUGAUAAUCUGGUGUCCAGAUACAGCUGCUUGACAAGUACCAGUGUCAAAUCCUUGUUGCAACAUGAUGGUCCUGAAGAGGCAGAAGUUUACUCGAGUCAAAGUUGUGAUUGGAUUGAGCUUCUGGCAGAAUGUAUUUCACAGGGUAACUGGGAGAAGACAUGUAUGAGGCUGGUUCACCAUCUGGGUAGUCCUGAGGGUGAUAGCUCAGAGGUUCUUAGUGCUUGUGACAGUUCUGCAAAAGAGAGAGCUGGUGACCACCUUUCCCCCCCAAGCGUACGAGUCUGCAGGGGAUGAUGAUCUGCUGGAGUUUCCAGUUCUUGCUCUACUGCUGACACAGGUGGAAGCAAAAGUUCUGUCAUUUACAUGGAGUAGAUAGGAAGGGCACGGCUAAUGUUGACCUGUAACAAAGCAUACAUACAUCCAUACAUACACGGGUUUUAGAGCAUGAUCUACACGUGUGUGCUGGCAUUCUUUGCAAAUGUCGUUUUUGGUGCCAGUGGUAGAGCUCUGGUUCAGUAGUGAAUGCUAUAUACUGAAUCCAUAGGGAUACCUUUUUAGUGCAGUUAAACAGGUUCCUACCGGAAUGCUCAAUUGCAUUUGUAGUUUUGUACAGGAUAGCAGAUUCUUUUAUACGUAUGUGUGUUGAAUGACAACACGAUUAACGGUGGAUGGCCUGUAUGCCACUGCUUGCUUCU